CCAUUUACGCGUCGCGGAGCACUGUUGUUGUCGUGUUUUCCGAUUGGUACUUUUGCAGUUAUUGCCUAAAAUUCAGGACAAUCAAGAGCUUUCAGACGACUUGCAGAUUCUUAAGAAGGUGAAGCCAGUCUGGUGUAUCCUGUAGAUUACUGUAGGCGAUGGGCCAGGAGAUCUCCACUCCCCUCCCUCCAGCAGCCCUGGCCAGUUCCAGUCAUAGAUCUGCAGUCUUCAACCUCAGGCCCAUCUCUCAGCUCACCAGGAGACAAGCUAGCCGCCGCAGAACUUGUCUUCAACAACCUGUACCUGCGGAGGAGUGUGCAAGCUCCAGCAUGACUGAGAAGGAAGAGUUCAGUUUCGUGACGUGCCGUCUGUGCCAGGGACUCCUGAACGUACCAAAACUCCUGAACUGCUGGCAUCCCUUUUGUCUACCCUGUCUCACAGACUACAAGAACUCUCUGACUCAACAGGGAUCCAAUGUCAUCUCCUGUCCCAUCUGCCAGCAGACCACCCCCCUUCCGUCCGAUGGUGUUGGGGGCCUGCGGCACCCAGCCAACGUGUUCCUGUCACGUGUAGCAGACCUCAGCUCAUUCAUCGAGACUUACCACAACACCAUCUUCAUGAAGCACUACUGCAACCAACAGGCCAGGUUCACACCAGCAAACCGAACCUGCAAGCAGUGCAAGGACUACCUCUGUCAGGAAUGCUCCAUCUAUCAUCUCUUACAGCACACAUCUACAACCAAGACGUGCCGUCGCCACCACCUUCCUACCAACGUGUUCUGUGAAUCCUGUAACAUCGUGGUCUGCGGCAUGUGUGCCCAGGCCUCACACGCACAGCACGUCACAACUGAGGUGGCCGCAGCCUCCGAGAACUACCGAGACAUUCUCGGACAACUCGUUGAGAAAUGCAAGGACCUCAAGUGGCCGCUGGAAGAGGGUCUCGAGAAAAACAUCCAAGAAACAAGGUUCCAGAUACAGAACUCGACAGAGGCGCUCAUCGGCCAUGUCACACAGUUCAUCCGGGGGAAGGAGAAAUUCCUCCUCUCACAGCUUGAGCACUUUUCCACCGAGAUGAAGGGAAGGGUAGAAGCAGAAAAGGAGAAGUACACGCCACUUGCAGAACAGUGCAGGCCGAUGUGUGAGCUGGGAGACAGGCUGGUUCGUUUUGGCAGUAAUAACGAGUUACUCUCCAUGCAGCAAGAGAUGACACGGCGGUUGACAGAGGCGUCGAUCGAGCAAACCCCGCAGGACAUCAGCGUUUCCCUGCAGGAGAGGAUCAAGUUUAUUCCAAACGAGCUUCCCAACUUGAACAACCUCCUUCCAUUGAAUGUUAUUGGAACAACAGGAACCUACACUGAGCCAGAAGAGGUGGCAUCUGCAGCUGAUAGCUCUAAGACGGAGGAAGCAGGCCCGUCAACUGCACCUGAUGGCAGUGAGGAAGACCUAUCAGCUGGACAUGAGACAGAACCAGCAGCAAAGGAUGUCAUUGUUAAAGAAGAAGAGGUUGAACAUUUGGAUGACUCUCAUCCACAAAGCAGCAAAAGAAAGAGGAGGCCAGCAAGUACCGAAGAGACAACUGCAGAAAGAGCAGCAGCAAAAAAACAGAAAGUUGUGGAUGACCCACAGGCUGCCAGUGAAGAGGAUAGCAGCAACAAUCCAGCGGGAUCAUCUCCUGAAGUGAUUGUGUUGGAGAGCCCAGGAGAACAGGAGGUUGUUCCAGGGAGCCAGGAGGUUCCUGAAAGUGCGGAAGAAGUUCCACAGACAUCCGAGGAAGCCUCUGAUACAUGGGAGGAUGCCAGUGAUGGCGGUCAGGAGUAUGUCUCCACAGGUGUGAAGGAAGAAGUAGAGGAACACACAGCAGAAGAGGUGGAGAAAGGGGCAGAGGGAGACACAGAGCUAGAGGGAGAUGGAGACCACAUAGCCACCAGGGUGAGAGGGAGAAAGAAAGGAUGGCUGAAGUGGUGGUAAACUACACAUGAACAAUAGACAUGAUCAGUAUCAUGUAAAUCAUGGGUCCAAUUAUCCAUAUUAUGUAAUGUAACUGGGAAAUGGGGAUCAAAGUGUGACUACAUACACGGACAAGGACUUUGCAAACUAAUUGUAAAUACAUGUACUUUAGAUGUAACAUACAUUUUAGACUUUUUGAUGGGUGCGAUUUUGGUGUGACACAAUGAAACAAGUUGAAUUUUUAUGCAAGGGCAUUUGCUUUUCUGUAAGGAAUUCCAUCUAACAAGGUAGAUUUUGUUGGUCCAUUAGAUUUACA